AUUAGAAUCAUUCAAGAACACUUUCUCAAAGUUAAACAUCUAAAACGCUUUUCAUGGUUCCAAAGUUUGAUAUAUUAUGAGUGCGUUACGACUAUAUGUUCAUCCAAUUUUAAGUUUCAUAAACCAGGACACGAACUGGGUAUUUUUAGUGAGGAAAACUUCGCUUAGAAUUCAUUAAGAUUAAUUAAUGGACCCCCUUGAAAAAUGUGCUGUGUGUGGAGAUUCUAGUUCGGGGUAUCAUUAUGGAGCAGACACUUGUGAAGGAUGCAAAAGUUUCUUCAAAAGAACCAUUCAGCGAGGAUAUAUCGACAAAUACACAUGUAAUUUCAAAGAUGGGAACUGUGAAAUCGAUAAAAUUAGUCGAGCGAAGUGUCAAGCUUGUCGACUCAAGAAGUGUUUUGAUGUCGGGAUGGUUGAGGAAGGAAUCAGGAAAGAAAAGCAAAGAGGAGGUCGUUCUUUCUAUCCACUAAAAAAAGAGGUUCCUAUUAAGGAUAGCACUACUACGAGCCUGCAAGAACAAAAUCUAGACGUGACUAAAAAUUCCACAGAUGAAAGCUCUCAUCUUAUAGCACAACUAAUGGCCAGUAAUCCUUGCAUUGUUCCUCCAGGGGAACCGAUAGAGAAGCUUAUAGAAAGUAUGAAAGAAGGAAAAGAAGCAGUGUUGGUACGCACUUCUAAUGCAAUCACCAGAGAACUGCACUUCAUUGUGGAGUGGGCAAAGCUGGUUCCUGGGUUCAGUGACCUUCCCCAGCAUGACCAGAUUGUGCUGUUGACUGCCGCAGGCAUGGAACUAAUUGUCUUCCGAGUGAUAUUUCGGUCAAUGCCAUACCAAAACCAAGUGUAUUUAAACUCCACUACAUUGCUGGUGCGGGAAGUGUGUUAUGAAGUAUUGAACACUGACAUAGUAGAUAUGAUAUUGGAUGUUGUGGAGAGGUUAAGAGCUGUCGGCAUAGAUAAAGUAGAGUUUGCGUGUUUAAAGUCUAUACUGCUUGCUGAUCCAGAUAACCCAGGCUUAAAGUGUAAACCAAAAGUGGAAAAAUUACGGACAUCAUUCUUAUCAGGUCUACAACAUCACAUCUCAACAGUCUACCCUCAUCAACCGGAAAGAUUUGCGAAAAUCCUACUGCGACUUCCAGCACUAAGAGACGUGUGUACCAAGGGAUAUGGAUUCUUUCUUGUUGUACAAUCUAAGCUGGAAGGAGAGGUACCUAUAUCUACUCUGUUAAAAGAGAUGUUUGAAUCUGCUAGAACUUAAACCACCCAUCGUCAGGGUGCACAGAAAUAUUGCCAUCAAUAAUUAAAAAAGAAUUGAAAACUUAAAAUACAGUCAACUCUUGUUACAGCGGACACCCUUGGGACCAUCACUUAGUGUCCGUAAAAGCGAGCGACCGCAAUAGGGAGAGUUAAUUUUGGUCAUUUCUUUGUCAUUAUUUUUGGCCGGGGAUUUUUCUCCUGUCCGCAAUAGCAUAGU